CGAGAACCUGGACCCAAACAAACCUCUGCUCCAGGAUAAAGGUGAUGCCUCGGGGGUUGGACCUUCCUUCAGGCAGACAGCAGCCCAAAUAACCUGCACAGGUACCACUGGCUCGUGUUGAGGAUGUUUUUGUUGCAACAUCAGACCUCGAGGUAACCCCACGUCGUCUGUGCUGUGGUUUUCUUCUCCCCCUGGAGUUGAGAUGGUCCACUGGACCGUAUGUUGGAGGUCAUGCGUCUGGCUGCAGACUCUGCUGGCCUUGGCCCUCGCCAACUGUCCCUCACUGGCUCCCAGCCCCGUCAACUUCUCCGUGGUGUACACCAUGCCCUUCUUCCAGGCGCAGGGACCCAUCCAGAACAUAGUCAACAACUCAUUCUACCAGGAAGUAUAUUUGGCUUCUCAGAAUGUGAUCGAAGCCGUCAACAGGAGCUUGGAAAAGGUGUGGGAGCUACGCACCGGGCCAGUUGGAAGCCCAGAUUGUCAGAUAUGUGAUUUAUGUGACACUGAGAAGGAUAGCCACUUUCUAGAGGACACAAACAACCAGGUCCUGCUGUUGGAUACUCUCUUUAUGUAUUUAUAUUCUUGUGGAAGUUCUCAGUAUGGCGUAUGCUAUUUCCAUCAGCUGAAGCCUAACGGAAAACUGCCUUCAGUUUCGAAGUGUUUGUUCAGAAAGGAGUCUAACUCUGCAGCGUACUGUCCUGACUGUGUGGCGAGCCCUCUUGGUACUAAGGUCUCCAUGGUGGAGGAAGGUCAUACCGUCUACUUCUUUGUUGCUGCGUCUGUGAACGACAGUGUGACCCAGCGUUAUGGAAGGAAAUCCAUAUCGGUUCGCAGACCUCUGGCCACAGAAGAUGGUUUCUACGGCGACGUGCGCGGCCUGACUGUGCUGCCCAGCCUGAGAAAGACGUACCACAUUGAGUAUGUCUACAGCUUUUUUACUCAAGAGUUUGUCUACUUCCUCUCAGUCCAGAGAGAAAGCCCAGAUCAGGAGUCUUCACCAUUUCAGACUCGUCUGGGACGUCUCCCGCGGAGCGAAUGGGAGAUGAAGAGGUAUCGCGAGCUGAUCCUGGAGUGUCGGUUUGAACCAAAACGCAGAAGAAGGAACAUACCGAGCGAACCCUACAAGGAUAUUGUGUACAACGUGGUCCAGGCAGCGUAUUUUGGCAAAGCCGGCAGGGAGCUGGCGGAGGAGCUGGGGGCAGAGGAGGAAGAUGACAUCCUUUAUGGGGUGUUCGCUGUCACUGACGACAACGGGGUCACAGAGAAUGACUCGGCUCUGUGCGCCUUCCCCAUGGACAACGUCAAUAAAGCAAUUGUUGAUGGGGUGGAUGAUUGUUGUGAGUCAGGACCAGAGCAGCUCUCCAGAGGGAUCUGCCACUUCCAGUCCUGUGAGAGCUGUCCUCAUGAGAGCGUGGAGAACAACCCCCUGUGCAGAGACCACCCCACCAUGGUGUCCAAGCCCUACUACCGAGUGGAUCUCUUCAACAGGGAGAUGACCAACGUCCUGCUCACGUCUCUCCUGGUCACAACCAUAGAGAGCAAGACCGUUGCUCACAUCGGCACCUCCACUGGACGUCUGCUUCAGCUGGUAUUGACGAGAUCCAGCCCUGUUGUCUUUGCUAAUUACUCCCUGGUGGAGAAUCAGAGGGUGUCCCCCAUCGCUGCUGUGUACUCUUCAGAGUAUCUCCUGUUUGUGAUUGGAGACAAGAUGAUUCAGGUGCCUCAGCGAGGGCCGGGCUGUCAGCACUUCAUGACCUGUGCCGUGUGUCUGACGGCGCCAAAGUUCAUGGGCUGUGGCUGGUGCUCCGGAGUGUGUUCAUGGGAGAGUGAGUGCCAAAGACGCUGGAGAAAUGAAUCCUGCCCGCCUGAGAUCACCGGGUUUUUUCCGCGGGCCGCUCCCCCUGACGGUCAAACAGAGCUCACAGUUUGUGGAAGUGAGUUCCAGUCACCUUUAAGGCCCGCUAUCACUUCCAGGACCCACCAGGUCCGAGUAGGUCACACCGCCUGCACCCUGAUUCCCCUCAAGAGCAACAACAGCCAUUUAGUAUGUAAGAUUCGCUCUGGGACCACUAACCUGUCCAAACCAGUCGACAUCACGGUGGAAGUGCACGAGGGCAAGGUGGAAGGCCACUACGCUAUUGACGGGAAGGCCGAAAUUCCAGGCUUUGCAUUCGUGAUUCCCAACAUCUCAGAAAUCCAGCCGAAUUAUGGGCCCCGUGUGGGAGGAACGUUCAUCACAGUGACGGGGACUCACCUGGAUGCUGGAAAGACCAGAAGAGUCACUCUUAAUGAUGUGCCCUGCCCCAUAAAAAGUGUCACAGAUUCUGUGGGCAAUGUGUCAUCCAUCAUCUGUCUGUCCCAGCCCAUCUCAGAAGUGAGGGAUGUCCCGCUCAGUGUUUUCAUUGACAAGUCUCCUGUUCGCACGACAAAAGUGUUUUAUUACAAAGAAAACCCGAAGAUUACAGCGGUACUGCCGGAGUGCAGCUUUGACAGAGGUUCUAGGAUUGUGAUUGAAGGAGAGCACCUGGAUUCUGUUUACCGCACCAUAAUCCGCUUCAAACCCAAUGAAAGCCACUUGAAACCUGUGUUAAGGGAGUGCACAGGGAAGUCCCAGCCUAAACGGAUGGAGUGCAUCACCCCUGCAUUCCACCGGGAUGAGACUGAGGAAGGACAGCUGUCUUUUGAUAUGGACGGAGCUCUGGGCCUUUGGAACCAAGAGUUCUCCUAUCACCCUUAUGGCGAGCCCAUACCGUUUGAAACAGAAGGACGUGUACUAAGUUUGUACCCAGGGUUUGAUGAAGUCUCACUACAUCAUCAGAAGCUGAACCUGGUGAGCUCAUGCAUGUCCAUCGUUAUGACGGUGGCGGAUGUUGACUGUGAUGCUAAAGUCCUGGAUAACGAGAUAACCUGCAGGAUCCCCAAAAACAUAACCAUUCCCAGUGAGGGGCUGCCAGUGAAGAUCUCCAUCAAUGGGCAGGUUCACAACGUGGGCAUCGUGGUGAAGGUGAACAACCACUACAUGUUGGGAGUUUCUCUUGGAAUCCUGGCUGCUCUGGUGGCCGGAGCAGUGCUGGCUUUUGUUGUUAUGAAACACUUGAGGAAAAAGAAGAAAGCCUCGAUGGUAGAAGCUUUAGCCCACGGUGCUCUCCGCUCAGGUAUUAAUACAGUGGACAUGUCACCGAUCGGAGACUACAGAAGAGUAGGAGUCUCCCGGAGUCCGCCGACCCCGCCGGUCAGGCCGUUUCCCAGCCUGGGCUACACUGCAGGCACUAUAGAUCCAGCCCUUGCUCCCCUUAUGCCUGCAGAGAAGAUAUCCAUUUCCAGCUUUAGGCCAGAGUUGUUGGAGGAAGUGAAGGAUGUUCUUAUACCUGCUGAGAUGCUUAUAGUGCAACAUCAUCGGAUCAUAGGGAAGGGCCAUUUCGGAACAGUUUAUCAUGGUUACUUCACAGACUCGACCGACAAAGAAAUUCACUGUGCCGUCAAGUCCUUAAAUAGAAUAACAGAUGUUGAGGAGGUGGAGCAGUUUCUGAAGGAAGGCAUCAUAAUGAAGGGAUUCCACCACACCAACGUGCUGUCCCUGCUGGGCAUCCUCCUGCCGCAGGAAGGACUUCCUCUAGUGGUGCUGCCAUACAUGAAACAUGGAGAUCUGCGGCACUUCAUACGCUGCGAGAAGAGGAACCCCACUGUGAAGGAUCUCAUUGGCUUCGGGCUGCAGGUUGCUAAAGGAAUGGAGUAUUUGGCUCAGAAGAAAUUUGUGCACAGAGAUCUUGCUGCACGCAAUUGCAUGCUGGAUGAGUCCUACACAGUGAAAGUGGCAGAUUUUGGCAUGGCGAGAGAUGUUUUUGAUAAGGAAUAUUACAGUAUUCAGGACCACAGAAAAGCUAAACUUCCCGUCAAAUGGAUGGCAAUUGAGAGUCUGCAAACCCAGAAAUUCACUUCCAAAUCAGACGUGUGGUCCUUUGGUGUGUUGAUGUGGGAGAUGCUGACCAGAGGAGCCAGCCCCUACCCAGAGGUGGACCCAUAUGACAUAACACAUUACUUGAUGAAGGGCAGGAGGCUUCCCCAGCCGCAGUACUGCCCCGACCCGUUGUAUCAAAUCAUGCUGCAGUGCUGGGACCCUGAUCCGGAGCUGAGGCCCAGCUUCGCUACGUUAGUGCUGGCUGUUUCCACCAUCCAGUCAGGCUUGGAAGGAGAACACUACAUCAGUUUGAAUGUGACUUACGUGAAUCUGGACCAGCCACGGCCGUACCCUGCUCUCACGGAGUCCGCUGAUGAAUGUGACUCUACAGAUGUUGAAGACUCUGGCUCAGCUUCCUCCUGAUGCACCUUCCUAUGCUUUUGAUUUUAAACAGGUUCUGGGCUGUAAGUAAGAGCACAGAAAGAACUCUUCUAUGCCACACCAGUUUAUUUGACCUCAAAUUAUCUGAAUUACUUUCUCUUCUUGGAGUGGACGAAACUGACAGUAAGAUGCUUGUAGUGGUCCAAGACAGUACUCUACCUAAACAACACCU